AUGUUUCCUUGGUCCGCUGUUUUCUCCCUUGAGCCCAAAGUGCCCGGCCAGCGCACGGCUGAGGAGUUGGUAACCAAUACUCUGAUGUUGGAGCUGGGGGCCAUGGUGAAACGCACUGAACGCAUCCAUUUAGAGAGAGUGACAGAGGGUCGGCGCCGCCGUCGCAGCUGCUCCUCCACAGCUGACUACAGCUGGCUGGCCAACACCCCAACCCUGCAGCCCUACCAACUGACACCCAACAACCUGCUGGAACUGCAGGACCUCUGUACCAAGAUCCCUCCUGCACAAUGUGGCCCUGCAAUUGUUAGGUUCAGGAGGCUGGUGUCGCAGAUGGAGCCCGAGGUUCACGAGGUUCCCCGGCUGUUUCGCUCAGUACUGCGCGACUGCGUGGACGAGAUGAACAGAAAUGAAGAUGUUCAGACGCAGGACACAGUGUUUGAGAAGCAGCAGCGCAGCAAGAGCCUCUCAUUUGUUACUUUCCGCACAAAGUUUUGCACGGGGAACUUGUUCAAAGGCAACGGAAUGAGAGGCUCCAGGGGGAAUCUGCAGCAGCAGGUGGAUUGGUCAGAUGAGGAGGAGGAUGGAGAAGCAGAGGAAGAGGCCAUCAAGGCCAGGGCGACGAAGGGAAGGAGCAACAGCAUGCCAGAUAUAAGCCCGAUGGAGCAAACUACCCAGGGGGGAGAGAAAGGAGGGAGAGUCAGGGGUGAGGUAAUCCAGAGCGGAUGGUGGGAGGGAAGGAAGAAACAUCUAUAG